AUGGUUGUAGAUGAGGGGUCUGCAGUGCCACUACUGGGCAGCAGAGCAGUACAAGCCAUGAAUCUGGUAAAAGUGCAAUAUGAAAACAUCAUGGCUGUGGAUAGCAUUGUCACUAAAGAGACUGGGAAACAGGAAAUGUGGAACAUGCAUGAUAUCAGAAAUGAAUAUGCUGAUGUGUUCCAGGGAGAUGGAUGUCUGGAGGGUGUGUAUAAGAUAGAAGCAGAUCCUACAGUAACACCUGUGAAACUACCAAAGAGGAGGGUCCCUGUGGCAAUGAUGGCGCCACUUAAAGCAGAGCUGAGUGAUCUUCAACAAAGAGGUAUCAUCACACCAGUUGACUGUAGCACAGAGUGGAUCAGCAGUCUUGUUAUUGUUAAAAAGCCAUCUGGAAAACUUAGAAUAUGCAUAGAUCCAAGACCACUUAACAGAGCUCUGAAAAGAUGCCACUUUCCACUGCCGACAAUAGACGAAAUACUGCCAGAUUUGUCAAGGGCAAAAGUCUUCACAGUAUGUGAUGUCAAAAAUGGAUUUUGGCAUGUGACCCUGAAUGAUGAAUCAAGCUACAUGACAACAUUUGCAACACCUUACGGCAGAUACAGAUGGCUGAGGAUGCCAAUGGGAAUCAGCCCAGCACCAGAGGUGUUUCAAAGAAAACUCAACCAAGCUCUGGAAGGAUUGCGAGGUAUUUAUGUCAUAGCUGAUGACAUUCUCAUCACAGGAGAGGGUGAGACAUUAGAACAAGCAAACCAAGACCAUGACAACAAACUGAGACGACUGUUGAACAGAUGCAGAGAAAAGAAUAUUAAACUGAAUGCAGAGAAGUUUCAACUGCGAAAGAGUGAGGUUCCAUACAUUGGACAUUUGCUUACUGCAGACGGGCUCAGAGUGGAUCCUGAAAAGGCACGAGCGGUCAGAGACAUGCCACGUCCAGUAGAUGUCAAGGGUGUCCAGAGGCUCCUGGGCAUGGUAAACUAUCUCUCAAAAUUCUGUGAUCACCUGUCAGAUGGCUGUGAGAUACUGAGGCAGCUAACACAUAAGGACAGUAUUUGGGAAUGGUCAGAUGCUCAUGAGGAAGCAUUUGCACGGCUCAAAGAUGUUAUCACCAAAGCUCCAAUUCUCAAAUAUUACAACCCAGAUGAGCCACUGACACUUCAGUGCGAUGCGUCAGAGACUGGGUUAGGGGCUGCUCUACUUCAAGAGGGGGCACCAGUUGCUUAUGGAAGCCGGGCAUUGACUCAGACAGAGAGAGGGUAUGCCCAGAUAGAAAAAGAAUGUCUGGCCAUCGUUUUUGGUAUGGAAAAAUUCCAUCAGUAUACGUAUGGGCGCAAAGUAACUGUACACUCAGACCAUAAGCCACUGGAAAACAUAGUAAGAAAACCCUUGUUGAACACCCCAAAACGCCUGCAAAGGAUGUUACUGCGACUACAGCGUUAUGACAUUGAAGUUAAGUACAUCCCAGGGAAGGACAUGUUGCUAGCUGACACACUGAGCCGCUCAUACUUACCUGAACAUGCAUCAGAGAGUUCAGUAGAAGUGGAGAUUGAAAGUAUAAACAUGGUCCAGCAUGUCAACAUAGCAGAAGAAAGACUCCAGGCCGUCAGAGAGGAAACAAGUAAGGACAGAAAGCUACAGACUCUGAUCAGAUACAUCCAAGAAGGUUGGCCAUUGAACAAAAAGGACUUGCCCAGUGACAUUGCACAUUACUACUCUUUUCAAGAGGAACUCAGUUCACAGAGUGGAAUUGUCUUUAGAGGGGAGAGAGUAGUAAUCCCAGAUGCACUCAGAAGUGAUAUUGUCAAGCGCAUUCACUCCUCACAUCUGGGCAUUGAGGGAUGCCUAAGAAGGGCAAGGGAAUGUGUUUAUUGGCUCGGGAUGAAUGAUCAGAUAAAGACAUUCAUAGAAAAAUGUGACAUCUGCAGAUCUAUGGAUGUAAAACAGCAGAAGGAGACUCUGUGGUCUCACGAACUACCAAGUAACCCAUGGUCUAAGGUAGGAACAGAUAUAUUCACUUUAGACAAUAGAAACUACCUGAUCACUGUUGAUUACCUCUCUAACUUUUGGGAACUGGACUACUUACCUGACACAAGAUCCACCACUAUUAUCCGUAAGCUGAAAUCCCACUUCGCAAGACACGGUAUCCCAGACAUGGUUAUCUCGGAUAACGGCCCACAAUACGUGUCAGAAGAUUUUAAAAGGUUCAGUAGACAGUGGGAGUUUAAACACAAGACAUCUUCCCCGGCCUACCCACAAAGCAAUGGGAUGGCAGAAUCAGCUGUAAAGACUGCAAAACGGCUGUUGAAAAAAGCAAAAGCUGAUGGAAAGGAUCCAUACAUCGCCAUGCUUGAUCACAGAAACACACCAUCGCAAGGGAUCAAACCCUGCCACACAAAGCCUCUCUUUGACCAGGAGCCUGGAGGGAAACCCACUCCCACCCUGUCUGGGACGGCAUACACAAACCGAGUGUUGUGA